UUUCAAAGUAAGGAGCGCACAAUGAAACAGGAAAGAAGACUUGCAAACCAGGAACAGAAAGAAGGCUUAGCUGGCGCAACUGGGAGGCAAUCUCUGCCGGGGAGGAGCCAAGGGAGGGAAGGGAAGAAGGAAGGAAAGGGGGAGGAGAAAGAGAGAGAAAAGAGGGCUGUCCGGCUGGUGCAAUCCGCGUUGAGAUCCGCAUCCUCCUCCUCCUCCUCCUCUGGGCUCAGCGUUACAUCAUCAUCACCUUCGACGGCAGGAAGGAAAGAAAGAUCCAGAGGCGCAAAGGCGCAAAGGCGCAGAUCUCGGAUCUCUGGAAGAUCAUGGAUCCUCGGUGCUGCUGCUGUUGCUGAGAGCCUGGGAUCCCAUCCCUCCCUCGGGGAGGAUCCCUUGCUCUCCUGCCCCGGGUUCAAGACCCUCAGAGUCCUGCCAAAAGCAGCAACAGAGGAAACCGAGCUGCAAUCGGUUUGGAAGGAAGCCACUCCAACCCACCCAGGCGCAGCUGUUUGUGCGCCUUGCCCAAAACGAAACCAAACCCGAGCAAAGAAGGAAACCCUCGGCGAGAAAGGGAAGGAAAGGCUUGGAAAAAGCCAGAAGAAGACAGAGAAGAGUCGCUCCACUGAAGAAGCAGCUCUGGAUUUGCAUUUGCAGGGCCUUUCCAUCGGUGGCUCCUCGUCCUAUCCAAAGAUGAGUCUGCUCACUCAGGAUUGCCGUACGGCACCCACCCUGCGGAAGAAACGGCUGAAUGUUAAAGAUGUAUCCGCAGUGGAGAAUCACCAGCCCAAACGUCGAUGUCCCAAUCUGGUGGAGGGACCAACCCCUUGCCUCCAGCCCUUGGCUUGCUCCACACCCGCCCCGGAUAAGGACCUGAGGGUCUCCCAGAUUGGCCCCUACGUCCUUUUGGAGCCCACCGAAGGGGGACGCUGCUUCCGGGCGGUGAAUAGGCAGACUGAGGCAGAAUACACCUGCAAGGUUUAUCCAUCCAAGAGCUACCGAGAGGUGAUGGCCCCUUACGGCAUCCUCCCUCCGCAUCCGAACAUUGCUCGCCUGGCCGAGGUCAUCGUUGGAGAGGAAAGCGCCUACCUUUUCUUCCAGGCUGGAAGGGACGACAUGCACAACUAUGUGCGUCGUUGCAAGCGCAUUCCGGAGGACGAGGGGGCAGCUCUUUUCCGGCAAAUGGUGGAAGCGGUCUCCCAUUGCCACCAGCACGGCAUAGUCCUGCGGGACCUCAAGCUGAGGAAGUUUGUCUUCGCCAACCGGGAAAGGUCUAAAUUGCUGCUAGAGAACCUGGAAGACUCCUACGUGCUGAAUGGCCCUGACGACUCCUUGGAGGACAAGCACGGCUGCCCGGCUUACGUGGGGCCCGAGAUCCUCACCUCGAGGGGCUCCUAUUCGGGGAAGGCGGCCGACGUGUGGAGCCUGGGGGUGGCACUAUACACCCUCCUGGUGGGGUGCUAUCCGUUUCAAGGCACCAAGCCGGCCUCCCUGUUCGGCAAGAUCCGCCGCGGACACUUUGCCGUUCCCGAGGACCUGUCGCCUAAGGCUCGGUGCCUCAUCCGGUGCCUCCUCCGGAAAAACCCAGCAGAGAGGCUGACCGCCAAGGAGAUAUUGCUGCAUCCGUGGCUGGCCACGGCGGGCACCUCUGGGAGCUCACGGAGUAGCGCUGGUGGGGAGCAGAUGGUGCCAGAAAUAGGGUUUGUACAGAGAGCUGAAGCCAAAGAAGAAGUAGAGGAAGGUCUGUACAGCUGAGCAGGACAACAUGACCAAACUGACUGUGUCUUGACCUAACUUUUUCUAUGUGGUUCCAUCCAGCUUUCAGUUCCAUUGGACUGUUUCCAAAGCUGCCUUUGAAAUGGGAAGAAGAUUCUCAUUUGCCAGCAGGUGCUUUUGCGUCUAAAUCAGGGAAGAAGGGAAUCAGAAUCUCCUUUGUAGGAGCUCACCACAGUCUUUGCCAAAGAACUAUUUCCGAACUCUUAGCCUCUUGCAUUCAGAAAGAGGGUAUCUUCCAUAUUUUGGACCUUUUCGGCUCCUAAGUCGAAGAGCCAAGCUCCAAAGUGCGAAUUGCAGAAGGGUCGAAACGGCACUGGAGGAGACUCGCCUGGGAUUUCCUGGAAAGAACGUUGUAGGUUGCAAAGGCUGAGUUGCAUUAAUGUCCUUCGAUGACCAAAGCCUGGAUGUUAGUAUUGUUGAUUUCAGAUUAAGAUACUGAGUAAAUAUUGGUUGGGUUUUUGAUCAGGUGGUGCUCAAAACGGAUCGUUGUAGUUUUCCUUUGUGCCAAAUGGAAAGGGUUUGCACUCCAUCUUGGACUAAGAUAAUAUUAGUGAGGGUCAGCAUUGGAAACAAGCAAUAUUCCAAGCUGACAUUUCCUUUAUUGUUGUGUGCCUUCAAGUCAUUUCCAACUUCCACUGAUUCUUCAUUGAUCAUUGGCCAAAUUUGUUCCUUUGUGCCUUCCUUUGACAAUGUGCAACUUUGUGGGUUUCCAUGACUGAGAAGGGAUUCAAACUGUGGUCUCCAGAGCCAUGAUUCCAGAAGACUUCACCACUGGCUAUUUCCCGCACCAGGGUCUCUUUUGAACAACAUCUAAGCUAUGUUUGAGGCACAGUUGUCAUCUACCAAACAUCUCUUAUCUGUAUUGGUUUUAAGAAUACUAUUUCUAUUGUAUAGACCAUACAUGGGCAAACUUGGGUUGUCGAGGUGUUUUGGACUGCAACUCCCACCAUUCCUAACAGCCUCAGGCCCUUUCCUUUUCAGCCUCGGCCGCUUAAGCGACCGAGGCUGAAAAGGAAAGGGCCUGAGGCUGUUAGGAAUGGUGGGAGUUGCAGUCCAAAACACCUGGAUGGACCAAAUUUGCCCGUGCCCAGUAUAGUAAAAUAGUGUCCCUUAGAUAAAAUGACAAAAACAACAUUUGCUUUCGUUUCUGAAUUCCAGAUAAGGCAUACUCAACACAUUUUACAUCUUAACUUGCCUUUUUAAAAAUAUCAAAAUCCAAGGUGAAAGAGAUGCUGACCUACAGCGUCUCAAACUUGAGAUGCAACCAGUGGCCAAAAUCCUCCCCGUUUUAAUUUAUUGCUUCUCCCUGUAAAAUCAGAUUACUUCUUUGUUUCUUCCAGAGCUCCCAUAAUAUUCCAGAACAACACUAACCUCAAAGUCCACAACAUUUCCUUCUCUUCCCAUGUUCUUCAAUCUUGCAUUGACUGGUUUUCACUGCUCAUUUCAACCAUUGAAGAAGUGCAAGGAAGAGGCAAUGGCAGGUUUGUGGAGAGCAAAUGAUAUUUGCAUUGCUGUCCCUGUGAAGCCUCUCUGCAUUAGCCCAGCAGUUUUGCUCAGUCUUGAGGUGCAUCUACACUGUUGAAUUAAUGUAGUUUCACCCCACUUUAACUGACAUGGAAUCGUGGGAGCUGUAGUUUCCGAAGCUCUGCCCUAUUGCCUCGGUAAAUAUGUAGCAUACCUGUGUGCCUUUUUUAGAUUUGACCAAACAGAGGCCUUGAUUUCCUUUUUUUAAAAAAAAAAUCAACUGAGUUUUUGAUUAUUGUUGGAAAAUAAAACUUUGUGUUGACUUGC